AUGUCAGCAACUGUGAUUCCCUCACCAACAGAUGUGGGUGCUCUAGCCAACCGUAUUAAUUUCCACACUCGAGAGCAGCACAAUGAGAUUGGAUUACAAAUGGGGGUUAAAUUCGCCUUUGCCAUGAGGCACGGGUUUAUUUACCGUCAAGGUGUUUUAGCGUAUUACUAUGCGUUCAACGCCAUCGAACAGGAAAUCGACCGAAUUUUAGAAAAUGCCACGACACAAGAGGAAAUCCAGACCCGGGACAUUCUACAACAGUUCUGGGUCGACGAAUUUCGUCGAAGUGAUAUGAUCUUCAAGGACCUCGAGCUUCUGUUUUCCAAAGAGUACCCGUGCAGCGCCAGUCUACGCAUGUUUCUCGCGGAGAAUGUUUUGCCUCCCGAGCAGCAGAAUUUUGUGGAUUAUAUUCAUUCCGGCAUCAAGGCUGCCCCAACAUCAGUUUUGGCAUAUUGUCAUGUGCUGUAUCUAGCCCUCUUCGCUGGGGGUAGAGCUAUGCGGUCUACUAUGUAUCGGAAUACGGGCCUGUUUCCCCAGUUUCCAGAUUUGACACCCCAGGAGGUUGUCAAGCGCGGCACAAAUUUCUUCACCUUCAGUCAGGACGGCGUUAUGGCGGAGAACCAACUGCGCAAAGAUUACAAGAGGGGCUACGAAUUGGCAACACGCCAGGGCUUGAGUGAAGAACAAAAACUACACAUUUUGGAAGUUUCCAAAGAGGUGUUUCGGUGGAACACUCGCAUCGUGUCAGAAAUCGGUGAAAUCAACCGCCAAGAGCUCAUGGGCAAACUCAGUUUCAAGCUGAUCACGUUCGUCUUUGAGGAAUGGCAACACACCGAAAAGUUGACUCGCAAGCAAAAAAGUUUCGUGCUGGCCAUGGGCGUUGUGAUUCAGAUUUUGGCAAUGUAUUGGAUGCUACGCAGGCUUUUUUGA